GCAGUUGCUCGUUGACAUAUAUAUCUACAAGUUGACUAUGUAGAUUACAACUCUCAUACAGUGAUACAGUGUUACGUGGGAGAGAGGUGAGAUACUGUUUUCAGUAAUUGUACAGGAAGUGUCCGCGAUUCAUGGCUGUAGUUCUAGCAUAUUCACUAUAUGACUUCAUGCGAACAUUCAAAGCUAUUUGAAGACAUUGGGACUGUAAAAAAAGCUCGACUAUGAUGGCGGAGGCAGCAGAUACUGACCGUUCUGAAACAGAACCUGAGACAGAUACGAUUGCUGUAGAUGUAUUCCGUAGAGCCAUACUAAGCUUCGUAACGGAAAAAGAACUAUCGCCUGAAAAGCCUCACACUGUUUAUGAACGAAUUAGUGGUGAAGAAGAAGAAGAAGAAGUGGAUAUGCGCAAGGAACCCAAACAGGAUGAGGAAUCCCCAUAUUGGUCCCUUAAUACAUUUCCCAAAGACUGCUUCAGGGAAGAUAUGAAGAACAUGAUGCAGAGCAUGAGGAUAUCGCAGAUCAGUGAGAAGAUCCAGCAAAACACGCCACCCCCAUUGCCUCCUCCAAGACAUGGUGCCAAACGAAAGGUUACAAAUGAACACCAGGCAGACGCAGAUGUCCCGACAGAGUACGAACCAGUGACUAUGCUUGUCAUGCAUAACGAGGAUAGCAAUAAGCUAUCCCACCUUAAACAGUCCGAUACUUGUAGGAAGAGGCUGACAGAUAUCCUCAAGAAACACCGAGCAGCUAUACAGUGGGCCAACGUAACAGCCGACCGCAUUGUUGCACUGGAAACAAAGGAAGGCCCGCGAAUUUCAUCUCAGCUAGACGUACAGUUGUGGAGAGAAAGUGCUGAGUCAGCAAUAAAGGGUUUCCUUGACGACAUCCUGGUGUUGAAGGUUCCACUUAUGCCAAGGACAUGUGCCAAAAUAAAGAAUUCCCAGUUCCCAAUACAAAAUCCUAACCCAGAAGAAAUGAGUAUUACGCUGUCCGACGAUCUGGUUACCCUGGUUGGGUCUCAUACGCAUGUACAUCAGGUAGCUGAGAACAUCACGGAACUAGUUCGGAAGGUCGAAGGGGACAUAGACAAAGAAAUGCUUCCAGUUGCUCAACAGAAGCAAGUCGUUACAGAACUGAAACCAUGGCAGUUCAAGUAUUUGCAGAUCAUCGAGUGUUCGGUCUUUCUGGAAAAUAAAUACCUGGGUCUUACUGUAGAGAUCAACGCAGAAGGUGGAAAGGUUACCAUAUCUGGUAAAGGAACAGACAUAAUGAAUGCAAGGAUUAAAAUUGAAGAAACCCUUAAAAAGGUUCGGAGUUCGACUCUCCCGAACGUGCAUAAGAUUUUGCUGUUCGCGUUCACUCGUGUGGAAUUCCAAAAUUACAUUCGGGGCAAAUUCGCGGGCAAGGAUCUGCGUGCAGUGAUCGACGUUCUCUCGGGCGAACUUUGGAUUCACGCGGGCGAUUCGGCGACGGCCUCGGCUGCAUCCACAACGAUCAUCGAGUCGGUGAAGGUGACCUACCUGAAGACGGACAUAUUAACACGGGGAAAAUGGAAGACGCUCAUCGAGGACAUACACCAGAGAGUUAAAGAGCCGUUUAUCAUCGACAGAUUAAACGAAGACGAACCUGCCGUUAUGGCCUGUGCUGCUGAGGUUCAGGAGACUGUCAUGAAGAUGUUGAAAGAAGCGGCUGAAAGAAGCAGUAUGUACGAGAGGAAACUGAUCUUCGAGAGAGGGAUAUUCCUUGCCAUUACCCGCUGUUGUUCUGCUUCCAUUGAGACUAUUAAGGCCAAAUACGAGGUGGAUGUUUCUUUUGAUCAUGCCUCUUUCUUGGUGAAGGUUGUUGGACCAAAAUCACAGCUCAGCAGUGCCAUAGGCGAGUUGCAGUCGUUGAGUGAUGACGUUGUCGUGAAGUAUUCCAGUUUGGAUAAACCGGGUGCUGUGGAAUUCCUCAAGUCCCCAUCAGGGAACAACAUGAUGAAGGUGGCUGAAGAUGCACAUGCUUGUGUAAUAGAUAUUGAGGAAGAUACGCCUCCUGUAGGUUCAAGGUCUAAUGAGGAAAUUGGAAACGUUUUGAAGGCCAAGGUGACAGUUGUCAAAGGGGAUAUCACCAAACAACUUGUGGAUGUGAUCGUGACGUCCGCCAGUAAGAACCCCACACAUAAGGAUGGAACACUAAUCAAAGCAGUAUCGGAGGAGGCGGGGGCCGGCCUUCAGAAGGAAUACAAGAAGAAGGUUUCUAAAGGCAUGGCAUACGGGCAACUUACUGUGACGUCAGGCGGAAAUCUCAGGUGCAAAAGUGUCUUCCAUUGCUGUCUUCCUGCCUGGGACACGGUGAAGGGGAACAUUAAGGUCUUCCAGAAAGCAGUUUUGUCUUGCCUUGAAACGGCCAACGUCUCCAACUACACUAGCAUAGCGUUCCCGGCGAUGGGAUGCGGUCGGCUCGGAUACCCUCCUCAUUUAGCUGCCAAAGCUCUGUUCGAUGCAUUCUCCUUGUUUGAAAGGACAACCAAGAGUGGCUUACAGGAAAUAAAUAUCCUGGUCUACGGCACAGAAGAAAAGAUAUAUAAGAUAUUUGAGAAUGAGAGAAACAACAGGCUCCUUGGAACAGUUAAACAGUCGAAAGAUGUUGGUGAUGGAGAUGUCACGGGUGUCGAGAUUACAGUCAAAGUCGGCGAGCUGUCCAAAACCAUGGCAGAUGUCAUAGUGAACACGACCAACAAGGACUUGAGACUCAGCCAGGGAGCGGUUUCCAUGGCGAUAUCUACAGAAGGGGGGCACUACCAUACAGAACGAGUGCAACAGCCGUUACCGCAAGGGCAUCAAAUUCGGCGAUGUCGUGGACACAGGGGGAGGUAAUCUACGCUGCAAGAAGGUGUACCACACAUGCCUCCCAAAGUGGCAGGAUUCAAGCGAUGCUUUACAGUUUUUGAUAAAGACUGUGGACGCGUGUUUACAACGAGCAACUUCCAGAGGCUACGGGACCAUCGCUUUCCCGGCCCUCGGGACCGGCAUACUACAGUACCCACCCGAGACAGUAGCCCGGGUGU